AUUCACUGCAAGUGCUUGCUCUCAACCAUACCGAUACCAGCCGCUAUUUCAAUUUUCUCAAUAAUCUCAAAAUUUUAUAUCCCCAAAUCCAAUUCAUCGUAGUUACUAUGGCGUUUGUUACGUGGAGUGCCUGCUUAUUCUAAUUUUUUUUUUAAUUAUAAAAUUUUUUAACUUUCCACCCCUUAAAUACACCGCCAAUUGAUUAAGUGAGCAUUUAUUUGACUAAAGUGAAUUAUUAUAUUUAAAAACCCGCCAAUCCAAUUGAUAUAUAGAAUUUCAAGUGCCAAAAUAAAAUCGUGAAAAAUUCCUUUAAAAAAAAAAAAGAAAAAACUUGCCCAAAUUUUGACUGAAAAAAUUAUUCACCUAUUCUCAUUCGCUCUCUCUCUUUUUAACACAUCACCGUGAAUAGUUGGCUAGACAAGGAACAACAUUCAUACGUUGCCAACCCAUUCGAGUAAUAAAAACGCACACAGUAUUUUUUCUUUCGUUUUUAUUUUAUUUUAGUUGUUUUUUUUUUUUUUUUUAUUGUAUAUAUAUAUAUUUUCGACCAUCUACUCAAGAAAAACCAAAGGGGGGAAAAGAGUGUGACCACAUAGACAAAACAAGAAAAUCCCGAAAAGAAUUUCCAAAAAGAACAUCACUCACAUUCGGCUCGGAGACGAGAGCAAGAGAGAAGGAAAUAAGCACUUUUGCUUUUUUCAACACACACACCGAACCCAACACCCGCCGCUCGUUUGUGCUCGUCUAAACUAAACUCGUCGUGUCGCGGUGGUGUAUCAAGUUGAUUCGAGAAAAGAAAGAUUUUUUUUUUAAUAUUAAAAAAAAACGCAUUUUCAUCGCGAAUUUGUUUGAGUUAAUGAAAUAUUUUUAAUAUUUUUUGUUGUGUGUGAUAACAACUGAGAAUAUUAUUAAAAAAUAAGGAAUUAAAAGGAGAAACAGUUUUUUAAAAUGGAAGCAGUAGCAAAACACGAUUUUUCAGCGACAGCCGACGACGAGCUCAGCUUUCGCAAGAGCCAAACUCUGAAGAUAUUAAAUAUGGAAGAUGACUCAAACUGGUAUCGUGCUGAGCUCGAUGGCAAAGAGGGACUCAUACCUAGUAACUAUAUAGAAAUGAAAAAUCACGAUUGGUAUUAUGGACGAAUAACGAGAGCAGAUGCUGAAAAAUUAUUGUCAAACAAACACGAAGGCGCUUUUCUAAUCCGAAUUAGUGAAUCAAGUCCCGGAGAUUUUUCAUUAUCUGUAAAAUGCCCCGAUGGUGUGCAACAUUUUAAAGUUCUACGUGACGCACAAGGUAAAUUCUUCCUCUGGGUGGUUAAAUUCAAUUCAUUGAAUGAGUUGGUUGAAUACCACAGAUCGGCAUCAGUAUCAAGAUCACAAGAUGUAAAAUUGAGAGAUAUGAUCCCAGAAGAGAUGCUCGUCCAAGCUUUGUAUGAUUUUGUGCCACAAGAAUCCGGUGAAUUAGAUUUUAGACGUGGUGACGUCAUCACAGUCACUGAUCGUUCCGAUGACAAUUGGUGGAAUGGCGAAAUUGGCAACAGGAAAGGAAUUUUCCCAGCAACAUAUGUCACGCCAUACCAUUCAUAAUAGGAUUCACACAAUCGUAGUAGCAGCAGCACCAUUUACCACUACCAAUUUUUGAGCCGACCCACAUACUUCUAUAUGUAUUAUUAUUUAUCACACAAAAUAAUAAACCACACGAAGAUGAUAAUGAGAACAAGAAGAAAUUCUUAAACAACAAUAAACUAUGAAUAUAUUUUGUUCAUGGUUUUGGAUAAUAAUAAUCAAUGCGUCGUAUUUUUCUCUUCUUACAUUUUUUUUUUAUGGACUGCAAAAUAUUUUUGUUUUUAUUUAAAGAUAUAGCCUCACAGAAAAAUUAGUUUUUAAGUUCAAAUAAUAGUCGAUACAAACGAGUGUUAUGUUGUUAAUCUAUUUAAAUAUGUAUUUCUAUCGUUUCUGUUUUUUUUUUUUUUUGUGUUUUAUUUUUAAAUAUAAUUUUAUUCUUCUCCCUCUUAAUAUAUCUACAAUAUUUUUUGAGCAUUUUUAUCUCGCACACUAGCACUUUACUUUUAUUUAUUAUUUUUAUUCUACAUUUUACAGACACAGAACAACAAAAUAUUUAGGUAAAAAAUAAAUAGUUUUUUGUAUUACAUUUUUAUAUAUAAAAAAACAAAAAAUACAUUUAGUACUCAACGUAAAUAUUAAUUCAAACAAAAAAUUAAGAGGAGACCCUUACAAAUAAAAACAGAAUAUAAAGAUUUUUAUAUUAUUAAUUUUACAACUAAAAAAAAUCAUAAGUCAUAAAUAAUCUUCGUUUGAUUUGUUUUUGAUAGUGUUUAAAAUAAAAACAAAUAUAGGGAAUACAGAAUAAAACAAAAGGAAAAAAAAGAAAAUUUUCAUCUCGGACUACUGUAUUUGUUUAUUGCAGUUGUUUAUCAUCAGUUUAUUAUCAGUUUUAUUUUGCUAUCAAAAAAAUAAUCAACAUACAAGUCUAAAAAAAU